GAAGAGAUAAGAAAAAUCAAAGCAAAGCUGUGUUACUCAUAAACAGACUCAAAGGAUCUUCCUGCAUGGGUUCUCUUGACUUGCCUCACGCGUCAUCGUUAAAGGGAGGAACCGAAACAUUUCUUAGGAAUGUGUUUGAGAAUAUAUUGAAAACGUAUCUGAGAAAGAAUCCGACCGCAAAGACGAUAUGGGAACUAGUUCAGUCGGUGGACAACGAGAAGAUCUGUUACGACCACUUCACUUUCAGGACAUUUAAGGUAGAUGGUUAUGGAAUAGAAUCUUUGUCGAGUUUCUUCAUGGAUUACGGAUAUAAAAUUGGAGGCGGACUUGAUUUUCCAAAGAAGAAAUUACGAGUUCUAUGGUUUUCUCCUCCGGAUGUUCUCGUCCCUUAUGACGGUCAUGGUCUAGGCAACGGCCCUUUGCCACGGCUCGUUAUAGCUGAGGUUAUUGUGGACGAGCUAAGCCCUGAAUCACAGGUGAUUAUAAAGAAGUAUUUAAAACCAGAAGGUGGUAAACAAGCGGUUCUUUCAAGUACUUUGGGUUCUUUAAUUUGGGAGAAGCCUACAUGGACCGACUUCAAGCAACUUGCAAAAGAAAGCGAAUUUGCGGCAUGGGCACUUAUCCACGGCUACACAAUGAACCAUCUAGCGUUUUCAGUUCAUCGACUCAAACACCGUUUCAGCGACACCAGAUGCGUCAAAGAGUACCUUGAAGAGAGAGGAUUCGAACUCAACAGUGACGGAGGAACUCUCAAAGUGAGUGAAGAUGGUUUAUUGUUACAAGUUGCAUCGAUCUCGGAGAGACUUGCGGUUGAAUUUUCAGAUGGAGUAACUGAAACAAUCCCGGCUUCGUACAUUGAGUUCACUCAACGUCUGGUUCUCCCACAGUUUCGACAUUUGCCACAUGACCAGAUUAAAGAGUACCAUAGACGCGAUGGCUUUGAUUUCGACAACGCAGAAAACAUUCUGGAAAGUGCACGUUUCACCUCAGAUGUUUAGAAUCAUCAAUAUGGUCCAUUAAUCGUGUCUGAAAAAUAAUAAUAUAAACCAGUGAAUAAGCAUGGGUUUGUAAUGUAAGAAGUAUGUUCAAUUUGUGUUCUGUUAUGUCUGUGUGCGUGUGUGUCUUCUUUCCCAAGAAACGUGCCUCUAUGCAUCCCCUUAUGUAUGAACAUCCCAUUUCCUCCUUUUGUUGUUAAUUGUUAAGAAGUCUAAUUAC